AUGAGUGGAAACGACGCUUUUCCGUUUCCUGGCUCAAAGUCGCCAGGAAUCAACACCACCCUGAAACACGGCUGGCUGUCUCCAGAUCUUCCCGGGUCCGAACACUCGCGGGCCGGCGCGAGCAGCAAUCGAGAAUCGACCCUGUCGUAUGGUGCGUUGGCACCCCGGGAGCAGGAAUCGUAUACACGCCCGCAAGACGACCAUGAAGGCGACUUUGUCACGGCAGUGGAAGACCAGCAGCUGCAGCGUGGUUUGGCCCAGCGUCAUCUUUCCAUGCUGGGUAUAGCCGGCGCGAUCGGCACUGGUCUUUUCCUGGGUCUCGGAUCAGCCAUCCAGAAUGGAGGGCCGGCUGGUGCGCUGCUCGGCUACGCAACGGUUGGCCUCAUUGUCUGUGCCGUACAAUUCGCCUUGGGAGAGGUCGCGGCGCUGCUACCCGUCACGGGAUCCUUUGUCCGUCACGCCGAGCUCUUUGUGGACCCGGCUCUGGGAUUUGCGAUCGGCUGGAACAUUGUCUACGGCAACGUGCUUUCCAUACCCAGCGAGAUCACCGCCAUCUGCGUGCUCUUCCAGUUCUGGACCGACCUGAGCCCUGCCAUCUUUAUCGUUGUCUUCAUCGUGUUCACAUUCCUUGUGGGCAUUGCCUUUGUGCGUGUCUUUGGCGAAGUCGAGUUCGUCUUUGCGCUGCUCAAAAUCAUGCUCGUCGUCUUCUUGGUCGUUCUGGGCCUGGUGAUCGACCUUGGCGGCAUCCCCGGCACGCCGCGCAUCGGUUUUGCGCACUGGCAGGAUCCUGGACCAUUUGUCGAGUACAUUGCUUCGGGCGACUGGGGCAAGUUUCUCGGCUACUGGUCCGUCAUGACGGGUGCUGUCUUCUCGUUUGCAGGAGUAGAGUCCCUGGCAAUGGCUGCCGCGGAGACGCGCAAUCCCCGGCACGCCAUCCCACGCGCCUGCAAGCGCGUCUUUGCCCGCGUCGUCCUUUUCUACCUGGUUGCCGUUUUGAUAGUCGGCAUGUUGGUGCGAAGCGACGACCCUCGGCUGAACGAAGGCUCGGGCACGGCGGCGCAAUCACCCUUUGUCAUCGCUGCGCAGGCCGCUGGCAUCCCGGCGAUCCCAAGCGUGGUCAACGCCAUCGUCAUCACCUCGGCGUGGUCAGCGUCCAACCAGGCCCUCCUGUCCGGGACGCGUGUGCUGUUUGGUCUGGCGCUCAAGGGUCAGGCCCCCAAGAUGUUCCUGCACACGACGUCGUGGGGAGUUCCACACGUUUGCGUGCUGUUCUUCACUGCCUUCAUGUUCCUGAGCUUCAUGGCGCUUUCCAACGGGGCUCUGACAGUUUUCUUUUGGUUCGUUUCGCUGACGAGCGCCGGCGUGUUGAUCUCGUGGUCGGCCAUUCUGUUGAACCAUAUCCGCUUGAUGCAGGCGUUGAAGGUUCAGGGGUUGGAUCGAAAGAGGCUGCCGUGGCAUAAUUCAUGGACUGUCUACAGCAGUCCCAUGGCACUCUUCAUGUGCAUCCUCAUUUUGUUUACAGGGGGGUUUGCCGUGUUUACAGAGGGCAGAUGGGACGCCAACUCAUUCGUGUCGCAUUAUCUUGACAUACCGCUUGUGCUGGCUGCUUAUUCUAUUUGGAAGUUUGCCAAGAAGACAAAGAUAGCGCCAUUGCGGGAAAUACCAGUAGGAGAAGCCCUGGAACAGGCAGAGCUGCAGCCAGAGCAACCCGAACCUCAAACAAGUGUCAGCGACCGCGCAGCCAUGAUACGUAGGGGAAUAUGGUCACAAGAAGAGUUCACGCUCGACAAGGACGACGAAGAAGCAGUAAUCAAGGCCGUGACAUAUCAAAACAAAGACGGUCGGCUCGCUGUCAUCUGGUUCCCCGAGGCUACGCACCUCGGUGUUGAAGAGACAUUCCUCGGCUUGUCAGAUGCGCCAACCAUAUGCCCUGGUUUUGGGUUAGAUGGGCUUCCCCAGGAGCUGUUAGAUUCGGUGCUGUACCGGCUCGACAUGGUGUCGCUGUUCAGGAUGCGACAUGUCAACCGUCGCCUGCGCAAUUCGGUCAACUCGCUGUACAAGUACCGAGACGUUGUGAGAUACGGCGGAUUUGACGUUACGCUUGCACUACUCAGGUCCAAUGUGGGACUCUACAUUGGACUCGAUGAGAUUUACACCGUCUUGUGCACUCACAGUUGCAUGAUCUGCCACGACUGCUUGGGCGACUUUGUCUUCCUCUUGGGAUGCAUUCGCUGUUGCAACGGGUGUCUGCAGUCGGCCUCGGAAACACGCGUGAGCUCUGUCGAAUAUGCCCGCGGGGUCUACGGAGGUCUGCUGAGCGACAGGCAGCUAGAAAGCUUGCCAAUGAUGGCCGUACUGCCGGGUCUUUACGGGCCGGAGGAACGGGCAGUAACGGGCCAGGAGAGCGGGAGGCCGGUGCUGGUUUCUGCGUCGGCGCUGACCGAGGUCUUGCACGAUGAACUCAGGCGCUGGGGCAUAUCGUGGUAUAGUUCUGGCGCAGGCGUGAGCCUAACGAAUGGGGAGUGUAAAGAGUACACGCACAUGGCGGCCUCAUGGCUGCCUUGGUUGGACAGGAAAUCAGGCGUGGCCGAAAUCCAGGUGCGCUGCGUAGGCUGUGCAUGGGUGGGCGAGGAAGCGAGCGGCUUGUAUGGCAUGAGCAAUCUACCGCUGGACGACUUGUACCUCUCGUUCACGAGGCGGCAAUUUCUGGACGAGCACUUUAAGCGCUGCGAGCAGGCCCAGAGGCUAUGGCUGUCCACCAAGGGCGGGAAUCAGGAGCCGAGCGUUGCCGUGGCUCUCGACGGUGCGCGGCCUCAGCAAAGUUCCAGGGUGCUUGUUGCUGAGGCGCUGCCCAAAGUGGUCAAAGGCGGCCAGUAUGGCAGUCAGACGCACCGCGUGGCCUUUUCUGUCACCGCGAAAGUGACGCCCAACAACGCAGGCGCCAAGAAUGUAGGCGAGGGGAAUGGCCAGCAGUUCAUUACAGGAGGCUGCGUCAACGGCGCCGAUUGCCAGUCAAAGUGUUGCGCUGGAAACGGGGAUAACAAGGGAGUCUGCUCCAACGAAGUCGCUGCCAACCAGAACGGCAAGACGGGCUGUGGUUUCAAUGACCCCAAUUCUGCUGCAACCAUUGCGGCAGCCAAGGAACAGGUCAAGAAGCAAGGCCACCUUGGGACUCUGAAGUAUAUUCGUGAUGCCAUUUCAGGCCUGGGAGACUACUACACCAUCGUGGAACAGCCCUUUCCUGCAUAUGUUGGCUGGGUCCAAGAAUCCCGCUUGGUCGUCGGCGAUGAGGUCUUCCAGGACGCCAAGCCCAUGAGCCUCACCCCGCCAACCAAGGAUAGGGAACCCGUUCAUGGAGACGUGGCCCUUGUCGAGAACAACGGAUGUUCUCCCGAGGACUACCCGUCAAGCGUCCGAGGAAACAUCGCCUUGAUUCGCCGUGGGGUCUGCGCAUUCGGUGACAAGUCUACCUUGGCAGGGAAAGCAGGUGCUGCCGCCGCCAUCGUGUACAACCACGAAAAAGGCGACAUCUCGGGAACUCUGGGAUCUCCCAACGACGACCAUGUCGCCACGUUUGGCAUCAGCCUGGACGAGGCCAAGCCCUUGAUUGAGAAGCUGGAGAGUGGACAAAAGGUCGAUGCCAUUGCAUACAUUCGAUCCUGGGUCAACACCGCCAUUACCAACAACCUCAUUGCUCAGACCACCCAAGGCGACCAAGACAACUGCGUCGCCUUGGGAGCCCAUUCCGACAGUGUCGAGGCGGGUCCGGGUAUCAAUGACGACGGAUCCGGUACCUUGUCUCUCCUCGAGGUUGCGAGGCAGCUCACCAAGUUCUCCGUCAACAAUUGCGUCCGUUUCGCCUGGUGGUCCGCCGAGGAGGAGGGCCUUGUCGGCUCAAGCUACUACGCAUCCAGCCUGCCUCCCAAGGAGAACCUCAAGGUUCGCCUAUUCAUGGAUUACGACAUGCUUGCGAGCCCCAACUUUGCUUAUCAAGUCUACAACGCGACCAACGACAUCCACCCGACUGGAUCCGAAGAGCUCCGUGACUUGUAUAUCGACUGGUACCAAUCACAUGGUCUCAACUACACUCUGAUCCCAUUCGAUGGCCGCAGUGACUAUGACGGCUUUAUUCGAGCAGGAAUCCCCGCGGGAGGAAUCGCCACUGGCGCUGAGGGCAUCAAGUCCAAGAAGGAGCGCAGCAUGUUUGGCGGCAAAGAUGGCGAUGCCUACGACGUAUGCUACCACCAGCUUUGCGACGAUACGCGAAACGUUAAUGUCACCGCCUGGGAGCUGAACACGAAGCUGGUAGCCCACAGCGUCGCGACUUACGCCGCCUCGUUCGACAAAUUUCCGAAGCGUGAUUUGGAUACCUGGGCAACAGGGAACGGGGAGGCGGACUCAUAUGCCAAAACCAUAAAGUGGAAAGGCAAUCACCUUUUCAUCUAA